AUGCCCCACUACAAAUUAACAUAUUUCUGCGUUCGAGGCAAAGGUGAAUUCAUUCGACAGCUCUUUGCAUUAGCCGGGGUCGAGUUCGAGGAUGAUCGCUUCUCGCUUGGGCCAACCGGUCGUGGUGAAGGAAUCGCACAGACGAAUUGGGCUGAAGUGAAGAAAACUACACCAUAUGGGCAACUGCCAGUGCUGGAUGUGGAUGGAAAGCAACUCGGAGAGGCCAAUGCUAUUGCCAAAUAUGUGGCCGCUGAGUAUGGUUUCAACGGUGCAAAUGCUUGGGAGGCGGCACAGAUCGACUCGGUUGGCAUUCAUUACGACGAUCUCUUCAAAGCUUGUGUUCCUUUCUACCUGUCUUGGCACAGGAUCAGCAAACAAACAAUGGAGGAUGCCUAUAAGAGCUCCGUCGAGGCGGGUAGAGAUGCGUUCUUCCAACCAAUCUGCAAGCUCCUUCGAGAGAACAAAUCGGGAUUUAUUAUCGGAGACAAGGUCACUUGGGUCGAUCUUUUGGUGGCCGAUCACUGUGAGACGUUCACCAAGUACAACGAGAACUAUCUUGAGAAAUAUCCGGAGGCAAAAGCUCACAUGGAGAAGAUCCACUCGAUUCCGGCUAUCAGGAAAUGGAUCGAAACUCGCCCAGAGACUGAAAUC